AUGGGCUCGUACGAUCAACAGCUUUUACCGGACAUAUACACUUCAAAUUCUGCGAUUUCCACCUUUCAACAAACCAAAAUUCCACCUCAACGCCAGAAAAAAAAAAGAGAAGAUAUGAGUAUGAAAUGGCUUUUUCAGCCCAAUAGGCACGCUUCUGAACAACCCCAGCAAAAUACAAAACUUCCUAUUCAUGAUCAAUUCACGUUUACUUGGACUGUAAGGGAUUAUCAUGAAGUAGCUGAUCUUUAUCCAACGGGUAGAUGGUUCUACAGUGACAGUUUUGUUGAGCCAAAUCACCCACAAUCAAAUAAGAUUUCAUCAAUUGGAGACACUUCAGACUAUCUUUGGAGAAUGUGCAUGUAUCCAAAUGGUGUUUCUCAAGCUGACAAGAAUUAUUUGGGCUUGUUUCUCAAAGCUAUUCCAACCGAUCAUGAAAGGGAUGGUAACUCAUUAGGGAGAGAAAGAACUUAUGCUUUUGAAGUUUAUCGGUUAGAAUCAUCACUUUCCACAUCCUCUUCGAUGGUACCAACUCCUAUAUUACUCAAGAAUGAAAAGUUUUCAAAAACGAGAUUUGGUUUUGGAUCUGACCAAGUGUUUGGUCGUCGGCAAUUCUUGAAAUUAUCCGAAAUAUAUCCAGAUCCAAACAGCAAGUUUGACUUGAUAGUUCGAGUGCGAAUAACGAAUGAAGAAAAUACUGCAAUUAUGGCUGCUGUAACGGAGGUACAACAUGGAGAAUUUCCUCUGGCUGCUCAAAUUCCAAAAUAUUUUGACGACGAACGUUUCUGCGAUGUGGAAUUUUCUUUUCCGUGUGGAGCCCGUAUCAAAGCACAUCGAAUAAUUCUGGCUGCACAGUCGAAAUACUUUGAAUCUCUGCUAAGCGGACAAUGGGUAGAAGGUCGAAGCAAGGUUAUUCCUAUUAAGGAGGUCGAAUACGAAAUCUUUCGUUGUAUAAUGUAUUAUUUGUACACAGGAAAACUGGAAGAAAAUCUUGAAUUAGAUUGUUUGAAAGCUGCCUAUAUGAAAGCUGAUAUGUUGGGCCUAGAAACGUUAGGAAAGAUACUUGCCAAUCGAAUCGCUGAAGAUGUAAACAGUGACAAUUGGGAUGAGAUCUUGUUACUUGGAUGGCAGAUGGGUGAUAUGUGUCUAAAAUCUGCAGCAAUGGGAUUUGUGGUGACAAGAUGGGAAGAAUUAAAAAAUACUGAUAAUAUGCAACGAGUUGUUGCGUGUGGGAAUGUCGAAUGGAUUGAAGAAUUAAUAGCAGCAAAGAUUUUUGGGGUUCAUGAAUCUUAUCGGAAAUAG